CAAAAUAUAUUGUGUUACUGUGUUUCACUAAAUUUUUGAAGGCUGUGGGACUUUUUGAAUCAUAUGAUCUCCUAAAAGUAGUUCACAUUGUUCAGUUCAUUUUUAUAUUAAAACUCGGGACUGCAUUUUUUAUGGUUUUGUUUCAAAAGCCAUUUUCUUCUGGGAAAAGUAUUACCAAACACCAGUGGAUCAAAAUAUUUAAACAUGCAGUUGCUGGGUGUAUCAUUUCACUCUUGUGGUUUUUUGGCCUUACUCUUUGUGGACCACUAAGAUAUAAAAAGGACUUUGCUAAUUUUCUUAAUGUGCCCACUUGGUUCUUUUUUCCUAGUUUUUCUCUUCAUUUUCAGACAAGGGGGGCUGCUUUUUUCAUUAUUGCUGUGAUCUGUUUAUUGCUUUUCGACAAUGAUGAUCUCAUGGCUAAAAUGGCUGAACACCCUGAAGGACAUCAUGACAGUGCUCUAACUCACAUGCUUUACACGGCCAUUGCCUUCUUGGGUGUGGCAGAUCACAAGGGUGGAGUAUUGUUGCUAGUUCUGGCUUUGUGUUGUAAAGUCGGUUUUCAUACAGCUUCCAGAAAGCUCUCUAUAGAUGUUGGUGGAUCCAAACGUCUUCAAGCUUUAUCCCAUCUUGUUUCUGUGCUUCUCUUGUGCCCAUGGGUCAUUGUUCUUUCUGUGACGACUGAGAGUAAAGUCGAGUCUUGGUUUUCUCUUAUCAUGCCUUUCACAACGGUUAUCUUUUUUGUCAUGAUCCUGGAUUUCUAUGUCGAUUCCAUUUGUGCAGUCAAAAUGGAAGUUUCCAAAUGUGCCCGCUAUGGGUCCUUCCCUAUUUUUAUUAGUGCUCUACUUUUUGGAAAUUUUUGGACGCAUCCAAUAACAGACCAGCUUCGGGCUAUGAACAAAGCAGCACACCAGGAGAGCACUGAGCACGUUAUGUCUGGAGGAGUGGUAGUGAGCGCUGUAUUCUUCAUUUUGUCUGCUAACAUCUUAUCAUCUCCCUCUAAGAGAGGACAGAAAGGUACCCUUAUUGGGUAUUCUCCUGAAGGAACACCUCUUUAUAACUUCAUGGGCGAUGCUUUUCAGCAUAGCUCCCAAUCGGUCCCUAAGUUUAUUAAGGAAUCGCUAAAACAGAUCCUUGAGGAGUAUGACUCUAGGCAGAUCUUUUACUUCUUGUGUUUGAACCUGCUUUUUACCUUUGUGGAAUUAUUCUAUGGCGUGUUGACCAAUAGUCUGGGUCUGAUCUCAGAUGGAUUUCACAUGCUCUUUGACUGCUCUGCUUUGGUCAUGGGACUUUUUGCGGCCCUAAUGAGUAGAUGGAAAGCAACUCGGAUUUUCUCCUAUGGGUAUGGCCGAAUAGAAAUUCUCUCUGGGUUUAUUAAUGGACUUUUUCUAAUGGUAAUAGCUUUUUUUGUGUUUAUGGAGUCAGUGGCUAGAUUAAUUGAUCCUCCGGAAUUAGACACACACAUGUUAACAGUAAGUCUUCUUAUUUUUCUAUUUGAAUUUCUGCUCAUACUCAUACAGUUUUUUCAUGCUAAAGUUUAUAUGUUUAUAGUUAUUGAUCUAGGAAGACAGAUACAGAAAAUUGAAGGAUUAAUAUCAUAUCGAGACCCUCAUUUUUGGCGUCAUUCUGCCAGUAUUGUGGCAGGAACAAUUCAUAUACAGGUGACAUCUGAUGUGCUAGAACAAAGAAUAGUACAGCAGGUUACAGGAAUACUUAAAGAUGCUGGCGUAAAUAAUUUAACAAUUCAAGUCGAAAAAGAGGCAUACUUUCAACAUAUGUCUGGCCUGAGUACUGGAUUUCAUGAUGUCCUGGCUAUGACAAAACAAAUGGAGUCCAUGAAAUACUACAGAGAUGGUACUUACAUCAUGUGAAAUAACUCGGGGAAUUACCCGUGGUGUGUGAACAAUGAAGAUUAAAAUAACUCAGUAUUUAUAAUAUUGCCAGAAGGAAGAAAAUUGCACAUAAGUGUACAGAAACAUGCCAUAUUUGAAAAAAGUUUAAAACUUCCUACUGUUGGAUCAAGGAAUCUUUCUAAAGGAAAUUUAAAUACAAAAUGAAGCAUUAAUUGUUCAAGUAAAAUAAUUAUUUGAAUUAUGUAUGUAACAAGAAUCUUAAAAUUUUAGUGAACAUGAUGUAUUACAUCAUCUUUAAUAAUGAACAUAUAAUGAUGGAAUUGAGUGAAGACCAAAAUUACUUCUGUGUUUACUUUCUGUUAGAAAGCAUCUCCAUUGUAAAUAAUGUAUUUACAUGUUUAUUACAAAGACCCAAAUGAAAAAUUUUUAGUCAAUUUUUUGCAUAGCCCUAAGAUAAAAUAGGAAUAAAAGUUCUAUAUUUAUGGAUUUUCUGUAUAUAAAACUGGUUUCUAAUUAUAAGUUAAAUCCAUGAAGUAAAAUCUGUACUGCCACUUUAAAUGUAAACUAAAUUAUUUGGGAGAAACUUCAACCACUGAUACGAGACAAGCAGUGAGAAUAGGAAAGUAUAACAUUAUAAUUUUUGAUGUAUUACAAAAACCAACCACUCUGUAAAAUAAAUUUUUUACUUUUGAUAAUAUUUGCAAAUGAAUACUUUAUUAGGGUAAAGAACUUAUACUGAGUUGUGUCCAUGUUAUUUAUUCACUUGUCUUCUGCCUCUAAAGUAGAAUAUUCCAUUUCUUAUUAUGCAUCUGGAAUUCCUAGUUGCCUAUCAAGCUGGUAUCCAAGCAAUGCUAGGCAUUGCAUCUUUUCAUUUAGCUCUGUAUGUGGUGGAACAGCCAGUUGAGAGAACCAUAAAUAAUUAAUUGAAUGUUCUGCCUAUAAAUGUAAUUUUUAAUACAUUUCUGGAACAUGUAAAUAUAUAAGAAAUAUCAAAGCAUAUACAUAGGUAGUUAUUUUGAGGUUUAAUAAGUAAAUCUUAUCCAUAAACACUUGGGCACCAUGAAAUCAAAAUACUUACCUUAUAACUACUUUUUAUAGUAAUAUCUAAUUUAUAUUUUUUAAUUUCCAAUUUAAACUGAAUGUAUAGUCUGAAAAGACUAUAUGAUAGAUAUAUGCAGUUUUAUAAAACCAAAGAAUGUUGUCCAAAAGAAACAUCUCUUUAUGAGAAUCUGAAUAUUUUCACCCUUAUACUAGAAAUUUUGAUAAAUAGGAUGAAUUAAUUUUAGUAUGGGUACUAUUUUUUUAUCUAUACCAUAAUGGCAAAUGUGUAUUGUAAAUCAUAUUUUUGUCUUACUAAUUUUAAUAUGUGAAAGAUUUAGAAAUUUGUUGUAAGUUAUUUUGAUAUUCCUUGUCUUCUCUUUACACUGUCUGGUCCAGAAUCUUCUAUACAUACUAAAAUUUUUGAGUGGUGGGAAAAUAAUUGCAUAUUGAUGUUUCAAUGCAAUUUUUAUACUUGAAAAAAUUUUUAAGUAGGUAGGUACAAUAAAUAUUGCACCAUCAUUAAAAUUGUCAUUUCUCUUAGACAGCUUAUAAACAGCAAGAAAAUUAAUGUGACUGAGAGAUACCAAAAUGUGAGCGAAGGCAGGAGUUGAACAUUAAAGGGGUACAGGUGGAAAGUAGGAAAACUCCAGUAUUGAAGAGCACCAGGAUACUAGUUCCAGCUCAUACAAACCAUGUGACUUUAGGCAAAUAUCUGAGUAUCUUUUUUUCCCCUCAUACAUAAAGAAUAAAAUAUGCUCAAAUUCACAGCGUUAUGAGGAGCAAAAAGAAUAAUGUAUGUGAAAAUGAGAGUUGAAAAGGGCUAACUAAAUAAAGUGAGAGAAUUAUUAUUUUAAACCUGACUUCAGAAGUUUUUUUCUAUUGAAAUCAGUACCUAAGAGAUUAAUUAAAUAUUAAGUGAACAAAUAAGCUUAAAAUAAUAUACAAAACAGAAGCCUAUGUCUAGUUUGACCCAAGAAGGGUAGUGGUGGUUGCUUAACACACCUAUUAGUUUCUCUCAUUCCCUUUCUCUCCAACCAUUGUUUUCCAUUAUUACCAAUUUAGGAGCUCAUAAUUUCCACUUAGAAUAAACUUCACAUAUUUUAUAAUACAGAUUUAUUGUUCCUUUUACAUGAUAAUAGAUCAAAAUUCAAACUUUUCUAAUUUCAACAGAAAAAUAAAGCUAUAAAUAGAGAUCUCUAAAGGAUUCUGGUUUUAUUUUAAAUUUAGAUUGAUUCUCCCCUCAAAUAUUAAUGCAGAGAUGCAUGUUUACUAGUUAAUGGUUACAUGGUCAAAAAUUUAAAAGAGUAAAUGACAAAAAGCCUCCCACCUGUCAAUCAUACACAGCUCUCUUCUAAAAAUUACCACUCUUGUCAGUUUCUAGUAUACCCUUCCAGAUAUUUUAAGAAUAUACAAGCAAAUGCAUGUAUGUAUUAUUUUUUACUUAAAAAUUAUUCCAUAGUUGAAAUAAAGCAUCUUGGUUCUUUUUCUUAGCUGUAUAGUAACCCUAUUGAUAGAUAUUUUUUUUUUAGGUUGGUUCAAAUCUUUUGCUAUUGUAGACAGUGCUGAUACAAAUAGCCUUGUAUUGUACAAACAUCAUUUUGCAUAUGUGCAAAUAAACAUGUAGAAUAAAUUCAGACAAGUAGAAUUUUGGAGACAAAGGGUUUAGGACAUUUAUAAAUCUAAAACAUAUUGCUAAAUUGCACUCCAUAGAUUGUCACAGUUUACCCUUCCAAAUAGAAAUUUAAGGCAAACAUUUCUUAUGGCCUCAAUUUGUAUGUAAGUUAAUUAUGCAAAAAGAUUACAUAUAGAUGUCAAACUAAGUUCAAUUAUAAAACCAGUAAUGUUUA